UAGGCCAGGCCUAGCUUUUUUAAUAAGUCUAUUCAAGGAAUGUUUCUAACUUGAAGUCCUGAAAUUCAAAUUAAAGAGUAAUAUAUACAUCAUUAUUGACAGCAAUUUAUUUGUGAGUUUUUACCGUUAUAGGCUAACAUCGUGUACUAAGCAACAAUGAGCGAGCCUCUGGUGUUUGCAUUCACUUUAGUUGACACUGGCGCAGUUUUAUUCCUUUUGGUCUACUUUGUAAUAACUUUGUCCGAUUUAGAAUGUGACUAUCUGAAUGCUCAACAGUGUUGCUCCAAACUUAAUGUGUGGGUUAUUCCCAAGUUAGUAGCUCAUGCAGUAGUUGUUCUAUUGUUUCUUCUCUACGGAUGGUGGAUUCUGGCCCUCACCAAUCUGCCAAUGGUCGUCUGGAUGUUGUAUGAGUUCAUAACUGUUCCGUCAGGCAAUACAGGUGUUUACGACCCAACGGAGAUCCACAACCGAGGGCAGCUAAAACGGCACAUGAGAGACUGUAUGAUAUCCCUUGGCUGGUAUCUUGUCACAUUCUUCAUAUAUCUCUAUUGUUUGAUCAUCGCCUUGCUCAAAGACAAUCCUUUGGAAAAAGACAUGUCUCACUUCAGCGAGAAUCAAAUCGCCGACAGUGAGUUUUGAGCUCCACCUCGUCUUGGGUAUUCUUCCAUGUCUAGUCACUCAAUUCUAUACUCCCUCGGGUUGUUAUUUAACUUUAGAUUGAACUUGGUGAUAUUUUAUCCUUGCAAAAUGAAGUACGUCUUUCAACAAUUUAUAAAUUCAUCUUCACAACAUAAAAAAAACAGUGGAUAAAUAUUGUUAGAUAUUAAUGUACAGUUCCACAAACUCAGUGCAACAUUAAUUGGAGAACUGCUGAUUUUGAGAAAUGCCCAAGUUAUUGGGGAAAAAGGGGAAAAAAUUGAAAUAUAUACCUAUAUAAUCAAGUGCGUUUUAACUUAAUUUUUCAUAUACAGAUACACCAUGUACACCUUAACAUUGAAAUGCAUUGUGAAUUGUCAAAGAAAAUAUAUUAUUUUGGCUACUUUCUCUCAAAAUUUAAUAUAUGGUACUCGCUAGCUAGCAGUUCAACUAUUACUGUUGCAAAAAAAAAAACACUGGUGUUGAGUUUGCAGGGCUUUACUGUACCGCAUCUCUUACAUUUACUUUUAAAGGGUUUUUUACAUUAAAUGCAAGUCCCAGGCUAUUAUUUUAGCAUAUGUGCUAGGUUUUUGUAAUAAGUUAGUUUAAUAAACUGAACUCUCUGGACGUAAGUCCCUCAGGGAAGUUAAAAACCUACUUGCAGUCAAAAUUUAUAUCAAAAUGUAAGAUGCAGCCUAAUGUUUAUUUUACAAAUAUGAAAUAUUGAUAGUAGGCUAAUUAAAUGUGAUGUUACACAUUUAAAAUAAUUUAAUUUUAAUGAGAUUUACAUAUAACAGUCAAAAAGUUCCCGGAAUGGAUUUCUGUACUAAUUUAGCGCGAUCGCCAGCGGCAAAUUCGCCUUGCAGUAGUUAGUACCUGGGGAGGGCAUAUCCUAGUGGGGGUAUAGCUGACGAGUCAUAGUGCAGGAUUGGUGAGCACCUUUUGUGUACCUGCAAGUCUACAUUGUCGCUUACUUUCGGUCGUGUACCUGCAUUAAAAAUGUCAUUUGAACAGCUUGCGUUCUGUGUUUUACUAAAAAAAACAUCUAGUGAGACUCUUAAGUUGUUAAUUCAAGCUUAUGGAGAAGAAGCAAUGAAGAAAAGACAUGUUUAUGAGUGGCACAGACGCUUUCGUCAAGGCCGUAAACACAUUGAUAAUGACCCUCGUACUGGACGUCUUUCAACAGCAGUCAAUGACAUAAAACAUUGAGCAAGUACGAAAAGUUAUGUGUGAAAAUAGGAAAUGAAAAAUCUAUGGAAUUGCAUUUUAGGUACAUUUAUCUCAUGAAAAUGUUCACACCAUCCUUCAUGAUCAUUUGAAUAUGCAUCUAAUUUGAGCGUGAAUGGUUCAAAAAUGCACAAAGAACGUCGAAUGUUGAUGGCAGGUAAAUUCGUUGAUAUGGACGAUGCAGAUCCAAAUUUUUCAAAUUAAAUUGUGACUGGUGACGAAACGUGGUGUUAUCUCUACGACCCUCUACCAAUUUUGUGCCACUCACUCAGCUUGUGGUACACGACCGACAGUAACCGACAAAGUAGACUUGCAGGUACACGAAAGGCACUUACCAAUGCUGCACUAAGGCUUGUCAGCUAUACCCCCACUACGAUAUGCCCUCCCCAGGAGCCGCUGGCGAUCGUGCUAAAUGUCUAGAAAUCCAUUACGGGACCUUUUUGACUGUUGUAGUAUUUAUACUUAUACAUUUUCCUGUCAAGGACUAGCUCUUUCUUAGUCAGGGUUGUUUGUUAAAAUUCCAUUAAAAAGAUGUAUUUAGUUUCUGGUAUGUUUAGUGACUAAACUUAAUAUUAUAAUCAACUAUUUAUUCAGAAAACGUUGUACAGACAUAUAUGAGUCUAACCACAUUUUUAUUUGAGGGCCAUCAGAGCUUAAAUAUCCAUAUUUUAAGUAUCUCUGUCCAUACCAUUACUGUGGUUUUUACUGAAAGUCUUAAGUAUUGUUUGAAAGUUAUUUAACUCCAUUCUUAUUAUUUUUGUAAAGAAUCAUUAAUGCAAUGAUAGUAAUUUACUAUUAUAAUAACAGUCUUAAAAGUGGGGGAGCUAAGUUCUCUAAGGACAGAAUACACUUGUAAUUUGUCACCUUUAAAGGUAUGAAAACCAAAUUUUAGGUUUUUCACGAGCAAUACCCAUUGAACGAUUUGACCAUGCCACACUCACCUUGUGAGAUCAGUAUUUUGGGCCAGUUUAUGAGGUAAAGAGGUGCUUGCUCACUGGCUAUGAAAAUCGCCUGGGUCGAUGUUCCGCACUUCCUCGUCCCAGUGGCGUAAAAAACACCCGCGCAACCUCUGGGGUGCGGGAGGGUUGCCAAGGUCUAGGGGGCGCUGAAGUUCAAUUGUCACCGCUCAACACAAUCGCAAAAAAAGUUAUGUCAAUUCUGUGACUGCAGGAGACGAUGAAGACGUCUUCAAGACAUACAUUCAUACACUUGAAUACAUUCAUGAACUUGCCAAAAUCCCAAAAAAAGAUUACGUUGUUUCCGUGACCGCGGGAGACGAAGAUGAUGUCUUCAAGACCGAAGAAGAUAUACAUGAUUUAGCCGCAAUUGUUUCCGUGACGAUAAUAUCUUUAUGAUUGUGGAUUUCGAACAAGAUGUUGCCACAAUCACAGAAAACGACGACGAGUUUCAAUGACCGCGGGAGUAGAUGAUCAUGUCUAUCUGAACGCAGGAGAUAUUCACGAUUUGUCCGCGAUCACAGAAAACGAUGAUAAUGUUUCCGUGACCAAGGGAGGAGAUUAAAAAUCGUCUGCGAGAGUUUUCGGAUUUUGCCAUGAUCACAGUUUUUACUGAGAUAAACGAGUAAAACAUAAAUUUGUAAUCUGGUAAUAUUUUCUAAUCAAAUAAUAUCACGUUCAUUAAACUAUUACAUGUUCAUUUAACACUUUAAAACAACAAUAUUAACUAAAGACUUCACAUCAAUAAACCCAUUAAAACAUCCGUAUAAAAAUCUUACAUCGAGAGGCACGUGUGUUCAGUUCCAAAAACCUCAAUGGCCGGCCACCAGUUUCACGGGUGUUGUCAAUGGAAUGUCGUGGAGAAUUCAUGUGCAAUUCCGCUAACCUUACCUGGUAGGAAAACUUACUUGUCAUUUAAACGAAGGCAUGGUUGUUUUUUUCUCUAAAGUGGCCUGCUCCAUGCAUUGUAAUGCUUCGCUCAAUUCUGUGGGUAUCUUACAAGGUAAUGCGAGUGUGCUCGAGGCAAAAGAUUCCUCCUUUAGCCGACUAUGGUUAUUGGUUACAGAUCUUAAAGUAACGGUACUGAAUCUAUUUUUCUAGGUAGUUUAAUUGUACACUUCUCUAGUCAUCUUUAAGUAACUUAUUUGUUCCUUGUAUGUAUUUUUUAUUGUCCAAAAGAGCUUACUUUUUUCAAAAUAUUUACAUCUUUAGGAUAUUGGUAGGAAACGUAAACGCAAUGUAAGACUCUUUUUUAGAUGUCUCUCUUUAGAAGUUGUACUUAUAUCAUGAUAACCUGACUGACUUUAGACUGACUGUACCAGUAAAUAAUACCUUAAUAGUUAAUAUAUAUUUUACUAUACUAAAUGUAUGAAAAAAAGUUGUAGGCCUACAAUAAUUGUAUUACACAGUUAACUUAUAUAUAGUACAGCCUCACUUGCAAGAGUAUCGUAAUUAAUCCAAGUCUACUGGAAUAAUCAUUGCUAUUAAUAGUUGAUCUAUAAUCAAAUAUUGUUUUUGCUUUUUGCUAAUAGAGUUAUUAAUUUAACAAAUAUUAAAAUGUUUUACUCAAAGAAUGUUUCUUUAGUGAUUGCUGGUUUAUAAUCAAAUAAAUUAUCUUUACUUUGAAUUUCUUUACAUUGUUGGGUUUGGUCAAACUAAAACUUAUUUGUAUUGGUUGACUCUUAUCAAAGAAUCCACAAAUUGAAUCAACUUCCUGUUGCUUUUGUCAAACCCCCCAAUAAUUAAUCACAUUGGGUCAGUUUUGGUUACAUAAAAUUCUGUUUGCUAUUCUAUAUACAUGAAUCUACCGUUUAUAUGGUGGAUUUGUCUUUGUUUGUGUAGUUUUCAACACAUAUUUAGCACUUUUUUACAUUUUUGUAAGAAAAUGGUCCAAACCUUAGUCUUGAUAAGUAAACCCUAAAUCUAACUAACUUACCUCUUGAUUGGUAUGAUUAAUUAAUUUACAGUUUUGCCCCAUCCCAUCACAAAUGGUAUCUGAAUCCAGAAUCAAAGAUCUUUACUGGGAUCGAACCAGUCACUCUUAGAUUUGAAGGCAAGCACUGUAACCACCAGGAAACCGAGCGAGUGUCGUUCUAUUCUUUGUCAUGGGGGUUAUAAACUGUUAAACCCCUUCAGACAGGCCUGAGUGCCAUUUGACUCCCCAGAGCAUAAGAGUGAUUCAGGGGAGGGGUACUAGUAGAAGGGGGUGUAGUGGGCAGGUUGUAACGGAGACCGGGUACAGUUUCUUAACUGGGCUACCCUAAUUUCGAUUGAAAAUUAAUAUCAAUCUGCUUACUAAACCUUCAUUGAAUUUUUUUCAUAAUAAGCAAGUUUGGUUAGGUUAUAACAGUUUCAUCUUAUCCCUUAAACAAAUUUUGCUAACCCCCCGCUCGAUCUUUCCACCCCCAUACCUGUGGCAUUGUGGUACCGGUCACUGAUACCUGGCCGGCACUCGCUCGGCAAGGCCUCAGGCUGUAAAUUGACCCUUGUCAAAGUGUUUAGGUAAACAGCACUCAGCACUCGUAACCACUCGGCUACCCAGGCAGUUGAAUACCCCUUUUCUUUUUCAUUUCUUGAUUAAGUGACUUAAAUUAUUUGGAUUUGUUUGGGAAAAGUCUGUAUAUUUUUAGAAAAUAUUUGGAAAUAAAACUAAAACAUACAUGAAUUAUUUUUACAUCCAUACUAUGUAUUUGCUAUAACCUAGCCUACUAACUUAUUUUUUUUAUAGAAUAGUUUUGACCCAUUAUUAA